GUAUGUGGCCUGGGUACAGGAUGAGCCAGGUAUCCCAUCUUUGUUUGAUGGGUAGCGGGGGCCUGAGCCUAGUGAGCAUGGUGCCUAUUUGAUGGGUGAAGUAGCAAAGCUUCUCAGAUUCCCGGAGUCCCCUGGGGAGCGGUAUCCCCUCCCCUUUCUGGUGCCUGAGCGUGGGCAAUGCUGGGAUUAGGAGGCUAAAAGUUUUGACAAGAAUCAUCCGGGUUGCUCAGGCAUGCUGACCUGGAGGCCACUGCUGUUCCACCUUUGCCUUCCCAAUCACACACCCUUCAAAGUCCACACAAGCCCCCUCUCUAUGCCACACCCUCACCUUGUGCCCUCCAGGCUAUAUCAAAAUUCCAAGAUGCACCGGGCUGCAGGGGGCACCUCCCUACCUGCUGUGUGGAGGUCUGACAGAGACCAUGCUAUUUUUCUCUUGUGAGGCAUCUGCCAGGCUAAUCCCCAACCUACUCUCAACCCUUUGGCCAUACACACCCUGAACCACACAGCCCAGGAGGCAGGUUGUGCCACCCUGCCCCUGGAAAGACCUCUGUAUAUACUAGUUAACGUAACCCAGUUCCGAAGCAACAGACCUUGGUCUCCACAGGGUCUUGAAUGCUCCAAGGUUGGAGGAUGUAGCAAAGGGAGAUCAAAAAGAAGCCGAGAGUGGGAGGAAUCACAGCCAGCCUGAUGGGGAGUGGGUAUGGUGUGACAGCCAGUUCUGGAUGGGCAUCCCUGCCCUCUUCUCCACAGAGCUGCCCCCUGGAAGGGGGACAUGUGGAAGCCUUAUGGAUACUGGAGUUGGGAUGGCUGCGGCAGAGGCGGUGCACCACAUACACCUGCAGAACUUCUCCCGCUCGCUGCUCGAGACCCUCAACGGGCAGCGGCUGGGUGGUCACUUCUGCGACGUGACCGUGCGGAUCCGUGAGGCUUCGCUGCGUGCCCACCGCUGCGUGUUGGCUGCCGGCUCGCCCUUCUUUCAAGACAAGCUGCUCCUCGGCAACUCUGAGAUCCGCGUGCCGCCAGUGGUGCCGGCGCAAACAGUGCGCCAGCUCGUCGAGUUUCUCUACAGCGGCUCGCUUGUAGUGGCACAAGGCGAAGCGCUGCAGGUGCUCACGGCAGCGUCGGUGCUGCGCAUCCAGACGGUCAUAGACGAGUGCACGCAGAUCAUCGCCCGAACCCGCGCCCCCGUCCCGGGCGCGCCCGCGCCCCUGCCCACGCCCGUGCCCCCACCUCUUGCACCUGCGCAGCUACGCCACCGCCUGCGCCACUUGCUGGCCGCGCGCCCUCCGGGCCACCCCGGUGCCGCACAUAGCCGCAAGCAGCGCCAGCCGGCGCGCUUACAGCUGCCAGCACCCACUAUGCCCACCAAGGCGGAGGGGUCGGACGUCGACCCCGCCCUCCCUGCGGCCACAGACGACGGCGGUGAUGGCGGCGAGGAGGAGACCGAUGAUGAGACCGACGGCGAGGAUGGCGAAGGCGGCGGCCCAGGAGAGGGCCAGGCGCCCCCUUCCUUCCCAGACUGCGCUGCCGGCUUCCUCACCGGCGCCCCGGACAACGUGUGCGAGGAGCCGCCUGCACCCGCCGGCCUCUCUGACUAUGGAGGCGGCAGCAGGGACUUCCUUCGCGGCGCUUCGGCAGCCGAGGACGUGUUCCCCGAGAGCUACGUCUCUGCUUGGCAAGAUGAAGAUGGCACUGCCGCAGAAGCCUGUCCCGCUGAGACCCCGGCCCCGCCUGACUGUGUCCUGUCUGGAUCCCGCGCCCCAGGCGUGAAGACCCCAGGGCCACCUGUCUCACUUUUCCCCUUUCAUUUGGGUGCCCCUGGGCCACCUGCGCAACCUCCUCCCGCGCCCUCGGGGCCUACUCCUGCGCUCCCUUCGGCCUUCUAUCCCGCCCUCCAGCCAGAUGCGGCCCCUAGCGCUCCUCCCGGGGAGGCCCCAGCCCCGCCCACCGCUCCCGCCGUGGCCCCCUCGGCCGCCCCUGCCAGAGCCCCGGGGUCCGAGCCGCCUGCCUAUGAGUGCAGUCACUGCCGAAAGACGUUCAGCUCGCGGAAAAACUACACCAAGCACAUGUUCAUCCAUUCGGACCGGCAGGAUUCCCUGUUGGGAGGAUACCUGUUAGAGCUGAGGGCCCUUGACGGUGGUAUCCUGGUGCGAAGGGGAGAAGCCCCACCAAUGCGCCGUGUGCUGGCGAUCUUUCUCGCUGCGCGACUACCUGCUGAAGCAUAUGGUCACGCACACAGGCGUGCGCGCCUUCCAGUGCGCUGUUUGCGCCAAGCGCUUCACGCAGAAGAGCUCACUCAACGUACACAUGCGCACGCAUCGGCCGGAACGCGCGCCUUGCCCCGCCUGCGGCAAGGUCUUCUCACACCGCGCGCUGCUGGAGCGUCACCUGGCCGCGCACCCUGCGCCUUGAUCCAGGCCUGGGCCUGGUCACGCCCACCGCGGAUUGACCACGCCUCCGCGCGGUGGGCCACUCUUCCGGGCCGGGACCUCCUGUGGAACUAGGCCACAACCACUGCGGGACUGGUAACAUCCCUGCCAAAGCCGCUGCACACCUGCCUAGACGCCUUGACCACGAUCCCACCACCAAACCACGCUUUUCCCAGAGCGCAGGCCCGCCCUCUGCUACCACCUUCUCUCCAGACCUAGCCAGGGCUUCCGCCCGCCUUACCACCCUCCUCCCUCAUACACGGACCGUCCUGAUAGUGGCGGGCUGGGGAUGGCGUUGGUCAGAGACCUGACCAUCCCUGAGAACGGGAUCGUCUCCAGCCUAAACUGAGCGCUCAGACCCGUGCGCCAGGCUCAAGACUUCUGGCUCCAGCUCCUUGCGUGAGUGUGGGCUCUGGAGCUGUUCCUUUCUGCGCCAAUGUCAAGCUGGGGAUGAACCCUAGCUCCCCGCCCUGAACUACCCCUCCCUCAAUCUGGUGUCUAAGGGGGCUCAGUGGAUCCAUCAUGGACUGGGAUCGGGCCUCGGGACUCCUGCUCUCUAAUAAAGGACUGUGGGCCAUGGGUCCCAAACCCGGAA